CAAUAGAGAGGGACUCAAACACUCCUCUGUCGCGUGAGCCCUAGCGCUAGAUCUUGACGCAAUGUAGUAGUACCCGAUUGGAAUUUGAUGAGACUGGACCACCGAUCUCUAGGUCGCCUGUCGCAGUUUGUCGCCGCGUGUUUGAUCAGGCGAGCGUGAGAAAGAGGAGAGAAAAUCUGGAAUUCUAGAAGGAAGGAAUCGUGUCAUCCAUCAAAAGGGGGCUUGAGAAGCUACGCUGUUGCUGUGGCGCGAAUGUCAUGUCUUGCCGGCUGGGUCCAUCUCUCUGUAGCUCGAUCGAUAGCCCGAUCGAUAGAUAGAUCGAGUCUAGCGACCAGGGGACGUAGCUGUUCUUUUGUAUAUGUCGGGCAUGGAAGAAGAGCUCGAGAGCUUCGGCGAUCGCAAGGGGGCAGAUGAUCAGCGCGAGGGAUCCAAGCGGCAUUUGCUGGAGCUCACCAUCGACAUCGAUCCCGAGCACAGGUCGGUAACGCUCGUCGACGACCCUUCCCAGAGCCGCGCGCCGAGGAGCUCGCCGCGCGGCCUGGCGCUCAUCCGGCAGCUCUCCUGGCUCUCCGCGGGGCAGGCGUCGGCGAAAUCCACGCCCGAUCGCAGCCCGAUCAGCCUGCGCGACGCCAUUGCCAGCAGCCCGUUCGUGCUGAGGAAGGAUUUGUGGAGCAAGAACAAGCAGCGGCUCCUCAACUCCGGGACCAAGCACGCGCUCCAGGGCCUGCGAUUCAUCAGCACCACGAAUUCGCAAUGGCGGGCGGUGGAGUCGAGAUUCUGGAAGCUGGCCAGCGACCAGGGGCUCCUCUCGCGGGCGGAUUUUGGGCUUUGCAUCGGCAUGCAAGACUCUAAAGAGUUUGCCGGGGAGCUCUUCGAUGCCUUGGCGCGGCGCAAGCUCAAGCAUCGGCAGCGCGUGGAAUGGAUCAGCUACGACGAGCUCAGGGAUUUUUGGCUCCAGAUUUCGGACCAGAAUUUCGACUCGAGGAUGCAAAUCUUCUUCGACAUGUGUGACAAGGAUCUGGAUGGACUCAUCUCCGAGGCGGAGGUGAAGGAGGUCAUCAUGCUGAGCGCGUCCGAGAACAAGCUGUCCAAGCUCAAGGAGCGUGCCGAGGAGUACGCUGCGAUGAUCAUGGAAGAGCUGGACCCCCAGCGAAGAGGCUACAUUGAGCUUUGGCAGCUCGAGAGUCUGAUCCAAGGGACGACCGGAAUCGGAAACUACGGCCAGAUUUUGGUGCAGCCGAGGAUGUUUUGUGGCAGCGGCUUGGUACGCGGCAUUUGCUACGUAUUCAUCGAGCACUGGCAGCGACUGUGGGUGCUGGGCUUGUGGCUUUUGGCCGUGGUGUGCCUGUUUUCCUGGAAGUUCGUGCAGUACAAGAACCAGUCGUCGUUUCUGGUUGCCGGGUACUGCAUAUGCGUCGCCAAAGGCGCCGCUGAGACGCUCAAGCUCAACAUGGCUCUCAUCCUUCUCCCGGUUUGUAGGAAUUCCAUCACUUGGCUGAGGUCCACAAGCGCCGUGGGAUCUCUUAUUCCUUUUGAUGACAACAUCAACUUCCACAAGAUAAUCGGGGGAGCAAUCUUCCUUGGAGUCGUUCUUCACGGCGGAGUUCAUCUCACCUGUGACUUUCCGAGGCUGGCGAAUUCCCCUCGCGAGCAGUUCAUGGCCGCUGGACUCGCUGGGGACUUUGGAAACAGGCAACCUACGUACUGGGAGCUCGUAAAAUCGAUCGAAGGCGUUACAGGCAUUGCCAUGGUCCUCAUUAUGUGCGUCGCCUUCGUUCUAGCAUCAGGACGCUCGCGGAGAAACCUGGUGAAGCUCCCGUGGCCGUUACACAGAUUGACUGGCUUCAACGCCUUUUGGUACUCCCACCAUCUGUUCAUCAUUGUCUACACGAUGCUCGUCUUACAUUCCAUGUUCCUGUUCUUAAAGCACGACUGGGUCGACAAAACAGCAUGGAUGUAUCUUCUUCUUCCAACACUGCUGUACAUGUUCGAGCGAACGUUUUCCGGUCUGCGAGCAGGAUACUCCACUGUUCAAAUCCUAAAGGCGGCAAUCUAUCCUGGAAACGUUUUGUCUUUGGACAUGACCAAGCCUCCAGGAUUUAAGUACCAAAGUGGUAUGUAUAUAUUCAUCAAGUGCCCAUCGAUAUCACCUUUCGAAUGGCAUCCUUUCUCCAUCACCUCCGCACCGAGCGAUGAUUUUGUCAGUGUUCAUAUUCGGAUAUCGGGAGAUUGGACUGGGGAAAUGGGAAAAAUUUUCUCCAAGGUUUGCGAACCUCCAGUUGGCAACAAGAGCGGGCCUUUGAAAGCGGAGUAUCUCUUUGGACUUCAGUCACGGUUUGUGUUAAAACUUGAUGUUAGUCCUUACUUUCGUUGGAACAGGUUUCCUAAACUGCUGAUUGAUGGUCCUUACGGAGCUCCGGCUCAGGACUACAAGAAAUAUGACGUGCUUCUUCUCAUCGGUCUUGGAAUAGGAGCAACACCUUUCAUCAGUAUUUUGAAGGACAUACUGAAUAACAUCAAAACAACUGAGCCCAAGGUGCGAAGAAGUGAGAUGAAACCUCUGAAAAAGGAAUCGUCAUUCAGAAAGAUUAACGGCCCAUGCAACGCGUAUUUUUACUGGCUUACAAAAGAGCAAGGCUCAUUUGAGUGGUUCAGAGGCGUCAUGAACGAAAUUGCUGAGCUUGACCAUUCGGCAUUGAUUGAAAUGCACAACUAUUUAACUAGUGUCUAUGCCGAGGACGAUGCGAGAUCAGCUCUCAUAACAAUGGUGCAAGCUUUGCACCUUGAGAAAAACGGAGUAGACAUCCUCUCUGGAACUCGAGUCAGGACACAUUUUGCAAAACCGAACUGGAGAAAAGUUUUUGGCAACUUAGCAUCACUUCAUCCAAACGCUCGGAUAGGAGUUUUCUUUUGUGGAUCUAAAAUUCUCGCACGGGAACUUGAUAGCCUAGCACGAGAAUACUCACACAACCAAGCCACCAAGUUCGACUUCCAUAAGGAGAACUUUUGAUACACAUACUCACAGGCAACUAAAGGCACACCACAUUUGUCUCUCAUGCUCUAAACAUCCACCCCUGCGACAUAUAGGACAUUACAGUCGCAAUUUACCCACACUAAAAUGUAGUGGAGGUGAAAGGUGUGAUUGCAAGAUCCUUAAACUGUAAAUUGCAAAAGAAAAAGAGGAAAAAGGUAAGAUUAGGUGGAAUAUAUAAAAUGACAUUCUUCAUCUUUUA